AUGGGUUCGCGUCAUGAACUGCUGAUAGGGUGCGUGGGGAAGCCGUCGGCCGGCAAGAGCUCAUUUCUGAACGCCAGUACCGACGCUCAGGCCAAGAUAGGCUCCUACCCGUUCACGACCAUCGAACCCAACGUGGGCGUCACAUUCGAUAAAUCGGACCAGUGCCGCCCGCGAUACGGUCGAUGCGUCAGCGGAACGCGAUUCAUUCCGGUCAAGAUGCUCGACGUCGCCGGCCUGGUGCCCGGCGCGUCGGAGGGCAAGGGCCUGGGCAACAAGUUCCUGGAUGAUCUGCGACAAGCCGACAUUCUGCUGCACAUCAUCGACGUCUCCGGGACCACGAACGAAAAGGGAGAGGCGACAAAAGGCUAUGACCCGAUCAACGACAUCGAGUGGCUCGACAGCGAAAUCCAUGCUUGGAUUUUCAACAACCUGUGGAAUCGAUGGCCCAACAUCACACGCCGACAUGUCGCCACGAAGAGCACGUCAUCGGCCACACUUCAGGCGCAGCUUUCCGGCUACGGCUCGCGGCUCGUCCAGAUCCAAGAAGUCCUGGACCGCAUGGGCGUCAAGGAGCCCUCGGAAAUGGAGAAGUGGGACUCGAAGCGGGUUCACGAGCUCGUGGACAUGUUCAUGAAGGUCCGCUUCCCCACCAUCUACGUCCUCAACAAGAUCGACUCGCCCGGAGCCGACGCCAACGUGCUCCGCAUCUGCGACAAAUACGGCGAUGGUCACAUUAUUUUGGCGAGUGCGCUGGCAGAGUGCUUCCUGAAGAAGAUGCGGAAGGCCAACAUGGUCCUCUACGAGGACGGCGGCAGCGACUUCACGACCACCAAGGACCUGGCCGACCUGCCCAAGGAGGAGUGGCCCGAGGGCGCCGACGGCCUGCGCGAGGCCGAUCCCAAGGCGCUCAAGACGUUGGAGAAGAUCAGGGACCUGGUGCUGUUCCGAUACGGCGCCACCGGAGUGCAGGACGCCAUCAAGAAGGCGGUGGACGUGAAGGGCUACAUCCCCGUCUACCCGGUCCGCAACCUCAACAAAUUCACCAGCGACAGAAGCGGAGGUGUGUUCCGCGACUGCCUGCUGGCGCCACCGGGCACCACCAUCCGAGAGUUUGCUCGCAUGGUCGACCACCAGAUGGAACAGUUCUUCGCCUACGCCGAAGGCCUCUCCGGACAGCGAUUAGGAGAAGACGAGCUGGUCACGGAGGAAAACAACAUCCUCAAGUUUGUGGUGCAGCAGACGCAGGAAGCGGCGGCCGCACAGAGCGCCAAGGACGGCGACAAGAAGGCCCAACAGCAGCAGCAGAAGGCAGCGGCCGCCAAGAAGAAGGAGGACAAGGAAAAGGACAAGGCCGACGCGUGA